AUGGCAGAUCAACCCUCCCAGCCCUCAACUGCGAACAUAGCAGCCGCAUGCGCCAUACUCGCGGGCGUUACGGGCUACAUGCUGGGACAAGCCAAAUCGCUGGGCUUCUUCGGCGGUAGUCCCAUCUUGCAGUCGACCCGGUCUGAGAAAGAAAAGGUCGAUGACUCAGAAGACGAGUCAAGCGAGGACGAAGACGAGGACGACGGCACCACACCGACAGAGUUCCCAGACCACAACGAGGAAUGCAAGAUGGUGCUUGUAGUUCGAACAGAUCUCGGCAUGACAAAGGGCAAGAUUGGCGCACAAUGCGGACACGCAACACUGGCUUGCUACAAGCACUUUCUUCGCCACUCGCCCAACUCCGAGAUUCUAAAGCGCUGGGAGAAGCUAGGCCAAGCGAAGGUGGCGUUGCAGGUCAAGAGCGAAGACGAUAUGCAGCUGUUGCAGGCGCAAGCACUGAGCCUGGGGCUGGUGGCACAUAUCAUCCACGAUGCUGGGCGGACACAGAUCGCGAGCGGGAGUGCGACAGUUCUAGGCAUUGGUCCGGCACCCAAGAGCGUCAUAGAUCAAGUCACUGGGCAUCUCAAGCUGCUAUAG